AAAAAAAAAAAAAAAAAAAGGAUAAUCAGACUUUUUCAGUCCACGGCAGCAGCUGCGCCCACAUUAAGAGCAUUGCGAGGCGUCAAUCAGAGAAUUCACAGCCUGUGGAAAAUAAUCGUGCGGUGUGUUAUUUACACAAAAAAGUAGCUUGAUGAGUGUCCAAAGUAGUGGAAGUUUGGAGGGGACGCCAUCUUGGUCCCAGCUCUCCACGUCCCCAACCGGAUUGUUUUUUCAGCAACAUAUCACGGCAGUGGUGAAGGCUAAGGAAGGCACCAUGGAGGAGCUGCACAGCCUGGACCCCCGGAGACAGGAGCUGCUGGAGGCUCGCUUUAUGGGCGGGGUCAGCGGCAGCACUGGGGGCAGCACUGGCAGCACCAGCGGGGGAACCAAAGGUCUGACCAACAAUGAAUGUUCAAAUCACAGUUUUGGAAGCCUGGGAUCCUCAAGCGACAAGGAGUCAGAGGGGUCAGAUGUGAAAAGAGGCAGUUCUCCUGCUUAUUCGACCCCAGAGAAAAAACAGUCAGAAUCAACUAGGGGCAGAAAGAGGAAACCUGAUAACCAAUCGGAGAGCAGCCAAGGAAAAUCCAUUGUGCGAGGACCCAAAAUUAGUGACUAUUUUGAUUUCCAGGGAGGAAAUGGGUCCAGUCCUGUGAGAGGUCUCCCCCCAGUGAUUCGUUCACCCCAGAACUCACAUUCCCACUCAGCUCAGGGCUCUGCUGUUAGACAAAAUAGUUCAUCUCCUACUAGUCUGUCCUUUGGGGACCACAUGAUGCAUCCAAAGCAACUAGCGGUCAAAUUUGUUCAGACCGACCUUACUGGGCUGAAAUUGGCUGCCCUUGAAAGUACUAAGAAUCUCGACCUUGAGAAGAAGGAGGGGAGAAUAGAUGAUUUGCUAAGGGCAAACUGUGAUCUCAGGAGACAAAUAGAUGAACAACAAAAAUUACUUGAAAAGUACAAAGAACGCUUGAAUAAAUGUAUCACCAUGAGCAAGAAGUUGCUCAUAGAAAAGAGCACCCAGGAGAAGCAGGCCUGCCGGGAGAAGAGCAUGCAAGACAGACUACGUUUAGGUCAUUUCACUACAGUGAGACAUGGAGCCUCGUUCACAGAACAGUGGACAGACGGCUAUGCCUUCCAAAACCUUGUCAAACAGCAAGAGUGGAUAAACCAACAGAGAGAGGAAAUUGAGAGGCAGAGAAAACUUUUAGCCAAGAGGAAACCUCCAUCCUCCAGCAACUCCCAAGCACCAACCACAAACUCUGAGCCAAAGCAACGCAAAACAAAGGCAGUGAAUGGAGCAGAAAGUGAUCCCUUUCUAAAGCCCAGCCUACCUCAGCUGCUGACAUUAGCCGAGUACCAUGAACAGGAAGAGAUCUUCAAACUGCGACUUGGGCAUCUCAAGAAGGAAGAAGCUGAGAUCCAGGCGGAGCUGGAGCGUCUGGAGAGAGUGCGCAACCUUCACAUUCGGGAGCUGAAGAGAAUAAAUAACGAAGACAGUUCACAAUUUAAAGAUCAUCCAACUUUGAAUGAGCGGUAUCUGCUCCUGCACCUUUUAGGGAGGGGAGGCUUUAGUGAAGUUUACAAGGCUUUUGACUUGAUCGAGCAACGAUACGCUGCUGUGAAAAUCCACCAACUCAACAAGAACUGGAGAGAAGAGAAAAAAGAGAACUAUCACAAGCAUGCAUGUCGAGAGUACAGAAUACACAAGCAGCUGGAUCAUCCCAGAAUUGUGAAACUCUACGACUACUUCUCACUGGACACAGACACAUUUUGCACCGUUCUGGAGUACUGCGAAGGCAAUGACUUGGACUUUUACUUGAAACAGCACAAGCUAAUGUCGGAGAAGGAGGCACGGUCCAUAGUCAUGCAGAUUGUGAAUGCACUGAGAUACCUGAAUGAAAUAAAGCCUCCAAUCAUCCAUUACGACCUCAAGCCAGGUAAUAUCCUGCUGGUGGAUGGCACUGCCUGUGGGGAAAUCAAAAUCACAGAUUUUGGUUUAUCUAAAAUCAUGGAUGAUGACAACUAUGGCGUAGAUGGGAUGGACCUCACAUCACAGGGUGCAGGCACCUAUUGGUACUUGCCUCCUGAAUGUUUUGUGGUCGGUAAAGAGCCUCCAAAGAUCUCCAAUAAGGUGGAUGUGUGGUCUGUGGGCGUUAUCUUUUUCCAGUGUUUGUAUGGAAGAAAGCCUUUUGGCCACAAUCAGUCACAACAGGACAUCCUGCAGGAAAACACCAUACUCAAAGCUACCGAUGUUCAGUUCCCUGUCAAGCCUGUCGCCAGUAAUGAAGCAAAGGCCUUUAUAAGGCGGUGCUUGGCAUACAGGAAGGAGGACCGGUUUGACGUCCACCAGCUGGGAAGUGACUCCUACCUGCUGCCCCACAUGAGGAGGUCGAGCUCCUCGGGGAACCUGCAGAUGAGUGCCGCUGGCUCGGGACCGGCCUCCUCCAGUAUCAUCUCAUACUGACAGCUUUGCACUGCAACAGAAAGGCAAACUGACCAAGUUGCUCCCAUGCCUGCAGAGCUCCCAUGGGGACCGGGCAUUUAGGAGAAGAACAGCCAGCCACCAUGCAGCAGUCUGUGGUGAAGGAGCAGGAAACGGGACACUGACUUGGCCUCUCCUGACCUGUGCCAGGCUUCUCAUUGGUGUUUACCAGGACUUGAUCAAUGAAAUGAUGUUUUUAAAGAAACAUGGGUAAAUGGACCUUUUGAGGGUCCGAAAGAGCACUGAAACUGACAAAGUACCUUGAAGAAAAUGUGACUGGACACUUAGGAGUUGUGUUUGCAGAUGGAAAAAGCCUUAAAGGGCCGAAGGGAGACCUGGCAGCCCGCUGUUUAGAAUAAUUAACAUGGUCCUGCCAGGGUGCAAAUGAUUCAGCUGCUAGAAGUUAAUUUACUGUAAGGAGCAGACAUUCAUCAGACAGUCAUUGUUUAUGUAGAACUACAAUGAUUUCACCAUUAAUUUGGCUAUAUGUUUUGUUUUCAGAAGUGUUAGGCUUUAAUUUGAGUUACUUAGCCAUGAGAAUGUAAUGUUUAGCAUACAAGUGGCAUCUAGUGACAUGUAGGUCCAGGCAGCAUACUAAUGUUUAAUGCACAGAAUAACCAAAUGUAGAAAAAUGACAAUGUACAAAUCCUAUGCAGGAAUAUUAAUAAACAGAUAAAUUGAGAGAACUGUAUAUGCUGUACAGGAGAUAAUUUUCAAAUUUUUGAAUUGAGCAGUACCAUUCUGUACAAAAGUUUAAAAUUUCCCCUUGUAAAACUAGUUUCCUGGAGUGUUUUCAUUUUGCUGCUUUUGAUGUUGCUCUUACUUUUUAAAGGGCUGUAUGAUCUACUUUGGGUAUAAAUUGUACAGUUCUGCUAAGAGUAAAUAAUAAAUACCAGGAAACAUU